UUUUUUUUUCUUCCUUUGAUUACUCCCCUCUCCUUUUUUCUUUAUUAACAGAAAAUCAAAAUGGCUACUGACCAAAACAAGUUCGUCAUCGUAAGUAACUAAAUGAAUGUUGUGUAAUAAAGAUACUAAAAGAAUUGUUCAGGACUUCCUUAUGGGUGGUGUCUCCGCCGCUGUCUCCAAGACUGCUGCUGCCCCUAUUGAACGUAUCAAGCUCUUGAUCCAAAACCAAGAUGAAAUGAUCAAGCAAGGUCGUCUCUCUCACCCCUACAAGGGUAUUGGUGACUGUUUCGCCCGUACCAUGAAGGAUGAAGGUGCCAUCUCUUUCUGGAGAGGUAACACUGCCAACGUUAUCCGUUACUUCCCUACCCAAGCUUUGAACUUUGCCUUCAAGGAUAAGUUCAAGCGUAUGUUCAACAAGGAUAAGAAGAGAGAUGGUUACUGGGCUUGGUUCGCCGGUAACUUGGCUUCUGGUGGUGCUGCUGGUGCUGCUUCCCUCUUCUUCGUCUACUCUUUGGAUUAUGCUCGUACUCGUCUUGCUAACGAUGCCAAGUCUGCCAAGAAGGGUGGUGAACGUCAAUUCAACGGUUUGAUCGAUGUCUACAAGAAGACCCUCGCCUCCGAUGGUAUCUCUGGUUUGUACCGUGGUUUCAACAUCUCUUGUGUUGGUAUCAUUGUCUACCGUGGUCUUUACUUCGGUCUCUACGAUUCCGUCAAGCCCCUCAUGCCCGAAAAUCUCCAAAGCUCCUUCUUGGCUACCUUCGCUCUUGGUUGGGCUGUUACCACUGGUUCUGGUCUUGCUUCUUACCCCAUCGAUACUGUUCGUCGUAGAAUGAUGAUGACUUCCGGUGCUGCCGUCAAGUACGACUCUUCUCUCCACGCUUUCCGUGAAAUCGUUGCCAAGGAAGGUACCAAGUCUCUCUUCAAGGGUGCUGGUGCUAACAUCCUCCGUGCCAUCGCUGGUGCUGGUGUCUUGUCUGGUUACGAUUACCUCCAAGUCAUGGUCUUCGGUAAGAAGUACUAAAUUGUUUAGACUUUGCCAUUUUCCAUUUUCUGUAAUAUUAUAUAUUUUUAAAUUAAAUUUAAAAAAGUCCAAUUUGAAAGGCCCUUUAGAGCCUUUGUACCAGAAUAAAGAAAAAGUAUUUCUCCU